AUGGUGGCUCCUGCUGUCAAAGGCAAUGAGAAGCAGCCGUUCAGCAAGCUCAGUGCUGUGACCCCAGGCCUCGUGGGGCUGGACUAUGAUACGACAGGCGAGCUCACUCUCUGGCAUCAAGUUCCCUGUGGUGAGUUUCCUUGCACAAGAGUCCGAGGGGAGAGUUCCCACUCCCAUGGGGUGCUGCGUUUCUGGAGAAGCCAGUCAGCGUCGCCGCGGUCCCCGUUAGCGGCCAGUCACCCACCCAUUCUCCCCAGCUCCGAGGAUGGGGUCCUGGCGCCCGGAACCCUCCUCCUGCUGCUCUCGGGGGCCCUGGGCCUGACCGAGACCCGGGCGGGCUCCCACUCCUUGAGGUAUUUCUACACCUCUGAGUCCCCGCCCGGCCGCGAGGAGCCCCGCAUCAUCUCAGUGGGCUACGUGGAAGACGCGCAGUUCCAGAGGUUCGACAGCGACGCUGCGAAUCCGAGAGGGGAGCCGCGGGCGCCGUGGGUGGAGCAGGAGGGGCCGGAGUAUUGGGACCUGCAGACACCGAGAGUCAAGGCCCAGGCACAGACUUUCCGAGUGAACCUGCGGACCCUGCGCGGCUACUACAACCAGAGCGAGGUCGGUGAGUGACCCCGGCUCGGGGCGCAGGUCACGACCCCUCCACAUCCCCCACGGACUGCUCGGGUCUCCCCGAGUCUCCGGGUCCGAGAUCCACCCCGAGGCUGCGGGACCCGCCCAGACCCUGGACGCGGGAGAGCCCCAGGUGCCUUUACUCGUUUGUAUUUUCAGUUUAGGCCGAAAUCCCCACGGGUUGGUCUGGGCGGGGGCGGUGUUUGGUGACCGCGGUGGGGCGGGGCUGGGGUC